CUGACACCAGCUGAACAGAACUACGGACAGAUCGAGAAGGAAGCUCUAGCGCUUAUUUUUGCAGUUACCCGUUUUCACAAAAUGGUUUUCGGACGUAGAUUCACUCUUCAAACCGACCACAAGCCGUUGCUGAAAAUAUUUGGAAGCAAGAAGGGUAUUCCAGUUUACACCGCAAAUCGCCUACAACGCUGGGCACUCACGCUGAUGCUUUAUAAUUUCGACAUCCAGUUUGUGCCGACUGCAAGUUUUGGUCACGCUGAUCUCCUGUCACGCCUGAUGAGUUCAAACAGUAGACCGGACGAAGACUACAUCAUCGCUGCUUUGCAAAUUGAAUUGGAUGUGAAAGCGAUCCUCGACGACUCCAUCUCUGCUUUACCGGUCACAUCUGAAAUGAUAGUCAAGGAAACAAGUCGUGAUCCAGUCCUACAAAAGGUGAUCCAGCACAUCAAUCAAGGUUGGCCGCAAACUGCAACCCAACCACAGGAUCCAGCCAUUCGUCAGUUUUUCACCAGACGAGAUAGCCUGCAGAUCGUUCAAGAUUGCAUAAUGUUUGGUGAUCGGGUCGUUAUUCCAGCACGUUUCCGUAAGCGCAUCAUUCGUCAAUUGCAUCGAGGACAUCCUGGAAUGAAUCGCAUGAAAGCGUUAGCUAGAAGCUUCGUUUACUGGCCAAACAUAGACGACGAUAUAGAAACUUGUGUUCGACAUUGCAGUUCCUGUGCCGAAGCCGCCAAAUCCCCGAGAAAAACUGAUCUGGAGUCCUGGCCAAUUCCGUCGAAACCCUGGGAGCGCAUUCACAUCGACUACGCUGGCCCCGUGAAUGGUUACUACUAUUUGGUUAUCGUCGACGCUUACUCAAAAUGGCCCGAAGUUUUCCGCACCCGCAGUACAACAACGACAGCAACACUGGAAAUUCUUGAAGAAACCUUCGCAAGGUAUGGAAAUCCACGAACCCUGGUGUCAGACAACGGUUCCCAGUUCAUCAGUUCAACAUUCAAACAGUUUUGUGAAGCAAACGGAAUCUGUCACCUGACCAUAGCUCCGUAUCACCCGCAGUCGAAUGGACAGGCUGAAAGGUUUGUUGACACACUGAAGAGGGGACUCAAGAAGCUUGUCAAGGGGGAAAACACGGCCACAUUCCAACAUCUCCAGAUUUUCUUAUCUACGUACCGCUCAACCCCGAGUCGAAACUUGCCUGAAGGAAAGUCACCUGCUGACCUGUUCCUAGGAAGAUCGAUCCGUACAACACUCGAUCUUGUCAAGCCACAGAUUCCAAGCCCAACUGAAGUAAACACGAAACAAAACACUCAGUUCAACAGACGCUACAACACCAUCAAACGGGAGUUCAAAGCAAAUGAUCUGGUCUACGCAGAGGUACACCAACGCAAUGCAAUCAAGUGGAUUCCUGGAACAAUUGUGGAGCGCAAAGGCCGGGUAAACUACAACGUUCUGUUGGAAACUGGACGUCUCAUUUGCUCGCACACAAAUCAGUUGAAGCAACGUCAUGGCGAUUGCGACAGUUCUCCAGUAUUAUCCAACAUGCCGCUCUCUAUGCUGUUGGAUGAAUUCAACCUCCAACCAGUGAAGCCCGCUGUUUCUGAGAUUCCAGAUGAAUCAGCUGCCCCUGUAGUUGAAGAAGCUUCUCCAAUCAUACCUGAAGGUGAAUCAGAUGACGAUUUCCAGGAUGCAGAGUUAGCCAGUAGCCGUUCCCUGUCUCCUGCCCAGCCAGACCGUCCAGUUCGAAAUCGUAGGGUCCCAAAUUGGUUGAACCCCUACGAUCUCUUCUAAAAAGGGAGAUGUAAUGGAAUAGUCAAGUAAGCCUUGACGUGCUGUCAAGGCUAUGAAAUAACUGCUGUGAAAAAUUAUAUU